AUGGAUGACAUCAAACUCCCCACAUUCACUCUGCGCUCACAUGCAAGCAAGGUGACUGCUUUGACAUUGAUAUAUGCUAAUGCCGUGCCAAAUCUGGUAUCCGGUGAUGAAGGUGGCAAAAUAGUGAAAUGGGACCUGAUAACACGAAGACCUUUAGUGGCUAUUGACUCGAUUGAAGCUCAAAUUAUUGAAAUAAAGCAAUUAGAUCCGGACUGUAUAGCCGUAUUGUCAAAAGACUAUACAUUAAGAGUGUAUGACUUUGAUUUAUCUAACGUCCUGUUUGAGACAAAAGUGAACACACUGAAUUUUGCGAAUUUUAUCAUAUAUAAGGAGCCUCAUAGUGAUUGGAAUACAUUAAUAGUUUGUAAUACCAAGAAUUCUGAGAAUAUUGAUGUUUACAAAUUCCAGUUGAAUGAUUUCAAGUCCUUGAAAAGGAUAUUCAAUAAUUUAGACUUCAAGAAUACCAUGGAUUAUAUGAAAAACGAACGAUUCCCUCAAAUAGAAAAGUUGGGUCUUAUAAUGAAGUUGCUGAAGGUUGGUGAGCUAAUAUAUUGUGGAUUUGAAAGUGGUGUCAUAAUUGCGUUCCGAUUUUCUGAAGAUGAAUCGUUCAUUGAAGUGGUUUACAUUUCCGUUUUGCACUGUCCAAACCCUAUACUUGAUUUUUGCUACGAUGAAAUAUCAGAUGCAGUGCUUAGUUCGUCAACGAAUGAAACAAUUGGGAAGCAUCCUAUAAUACGACCAUCCACUGGCGAAAACCGGCCAUUGACACUUGAAGCUUUCGAUAGUGCUGAUUAUUUUGUUGACAAAGAGCAGAAAAUAUUACUCUACAAGAAUGCAUGUAUCAGUGUAAAUGGUGAUCAACUUAACAUUACAUUUAAAAAAAUCGGGCAUUUGAAGGUCUUGGAAUCUUAUCUCCUAUUAUCAAGCUGGUCAGGUAAAACUGCAAUCUUAGACAAGCGUACUUCCAAUUUGUUGACUUCCUUCUGUAAAUCAAAAAGCUCCGUGUUGGUUAGUGAGUCGUCCCAAGGUAGCUUUGACAGCAACUCUGUAAAACAAAAGGAUACUACCUUCUCCAAGAUCGGUUCAAUGACAGGUUUUGAUCCAUCAUUUAAUACUAUGAUUGCCACAGAUAUUGUUUCAAAAAAGCAGACACUUGGACAACAGAGAAGAAAUUACUCAUUUCUCGAACAUUGUUGGUGUUUCAUAGGAUAUGAUGAUGGUAGUAUAUGCGCUCAUAGACUAUAG